CCACCCUCAUCAGUCACCUCUGCAACAGCAUGGCCAUGUUGCAUCAUCUCAAGUGCCCCAAACCGCUAUACUAUCUGGCUGCCAACAAGUUCAUGCUCAUUGCCACCACCAUGACACUAGCAGUAGUCAUCCUCCUCCUACAGAUUGCACAACAAAUUGCUCAUGUAGACGAGCUUCUUUCCCAACUCUGUGUCCUCCGCCCCAUCCAUCUACUCUUCUCAGCCAUUCUUCUGACUGCCACGGUUACUAUCUGCCUCAUGCGCCGUCCUAGAACCGUGUACCUUGUCGACUACACUUGCUUCCAACCUAGCUCCAGCCUUCGAACCCCAAAGGCCCGCUUUCUCGAGCAUGCGCACCUCUCGCCGUUCCUUCGCGAAUCUACCAUUAGCUUCAUAGGCCGUGUACUUGAGCGAUCUGGCAUGGGUGAAGAGACAUGUCUGCCACCUGCAUUUAACUAUGUAGAUUCUUACUGCUGUCUAGAUGAAGCCCGCACUGAGGCCGAGCUGGUCGUCUUCUCUAUGAUCGAUGACCUAUUGGCCAAGACAUGCAUCAGCCUUGAUGCAAUCAACGUGCUGAUCACCAACUGCAGUGGCUUUUGCCCAGUGCCAUCCAUCGCCGACAGGAUCGUGAACAGGUACAAGUUGCGAGGUGACAUUCCCAUCAUCAACCUCUCCGGAAUGGGGUGCAGUGCGGGGGUGACUGCAGUGGGACUCGCAAGGAACAUCCUACAGGUCAUUCCUUGGGGAUCGCAUGUACUGGUGGUGUCCACGGAGAUCCUUAGUCCAAACUACUAUGUGGGGAACAAGCGUUCCAUGCAGUUGGUUAACAUAUUGUUCCGCAUGGGCGGCACUGCGAAGCUGUUAUCGACUUGUAGGUCCAAGGCUCGGUUCCGGCUAGCGCAUGUUGUGAGGACAACCAUCGCUGCAGAUGACAGUGCCUACAAGUGUGUGUACCAAGAGGAAGAUGACGAAGGAAAUAAAGGGGUCACACUAUCGAAGGACCUCGUGGCCAUCGCCGGGGAUGCGCUCAAGGCCCACAUCACUGCGAUCGGGCCACUUGUCCUACCGGCCUCAGAGCUGCUCAAGUUUCUUCUAUUCUCCGUGGCGAGGACGGCACUCCGUGUUGGGAGGAGGCCAUACAUCCCUGACUUCCGUAUGGCCUUUGAGCACUUUUGCAUCCACGUCGGUGGACCGGCGGUGAUCAACUCAGUACAACACGGUCUAAAUCUAUCAGACGAGCAAGUUGAACCAUCACGUAUGACGCUGCAUCGGUUUGGGAACCAGUCAAGUGCAUCUGUGUGGUACGAGUUCGCUUACAUUGAGGCUAAGGGUCGAAUGAGAAAAGGUGACAGACUGUGGAUGCUUGGAUUCGGAGCAGGGUACAAGUGCAACACUGCCGUGUGGGUGUGCAUCCAACCAUCGCUUGAUGCACAGGGCCCAUGGUCCAGCUGCAUCCAUCGUUACCCAGUGGAUGUCUCCACAGAUGGUUAAUUUUAGCAAGUUUUCAAAAAUAAGCACGGACUGGACAAUGUACAACAAUGUGGAACUACUAUUCCUAAAUACGAGAAUAAAACAAGAUGAGUAAAUCAUA